GGGGAAGAAGGUCAGAUUGGCCCUGCAGGGCUAAACAGCAGCGAGGGACCCAAGGGAUGCCAAGGACCUGAUGGCCCCAAGGGAACCCCAGGACCGCGGGGAGCCCGGGGCCGUGUGGGGCAGCGUGGGCUGGCUGGAGUCCCUGGGUUGCCUGGCUCGCGGGGCGUGCCGGGAGCGGAGGGCGCAGAAGGAAAGCCUGGGCCAUGCAGGGAUCGUGGGCAGCCCAGGCAGGAGGGGACCACUGGGAUUUGCUGGUUUGCCAGGGGGCCGUGGCCACGCUGGAACUCCUGGAUCCAUAGGCUCUCCAGGAAAGCCUGGACCUGAUGGAGAGCCAGGUUGCUUGGGCCCAAAGGGGCUGCCUGGGAAGCCUGGCUUGGAGGGGCCACAAGGACCUGUGGGCACCUAUGGCUACCCAGGACCUGCUGGAGACCGCGGGAGGCUGGGACGCAGGGGAGACAAGGGAGAAAGGGGAGCUCAAGGUCCACCAGGAUUUCCAGGAAAAGCUGGUCCAAAGGCCCUGCCAGGUCCCCCUGGUCCUCGUGGUGCUCCAGGCUCCCAGGGCAGGACAGGUGACCCAGGUCCUCGAGGGCUCCCAGGGCUGCCUGGCGUUCCUGGCACGAGAGGGCUGGCUGGCAUUCCUGGGAAGCCUGGCAUGGGCGGGGAAAGAGGCGCUCCUGGAGCUGCUGGUGCUGCUGGCCCGCCUGGCUACCCGGGCCGGGAAGGUCCAAAGGGACGUGAAGGGCCUGCAGGGAUGAGAGGAGAGAAGGGUGAGGUGGGACAUCCCGGGGCAGCCGGAGUCCGCGGGCUGGAUGGGGAGCAGGGACCACCAGGACCAGCAGGAGCAGAGGGUCAGCUGGGGCCCAAGGGUGAGCAGGGAGAGGCAGGAACCUGUGGAGCUCCAGGCAUCAGAGGGAGCCCUGGGGAGCCAGGGGACGAGGGGACAGAGGGGCCACCAGGACGGCCUGGGAAGCAAGGCAAGGAGGGUGACACUGGUGACACUGGAGACCCUGGUGAACCAGGACCAUGGGGACAGAAGGGCAAUGCUGGUCCCAGGGGCAUUCCUGGAAUUCCCGGUCCAGGAGCUGCCACAGGUGAAAUUGGAGGGAAAGGCCAGAAGGGAGAGAAGGGCCGAGAAGGUUUGCUGGGCCAGGGCGGUGUCACCGGAGCUGCAGGACCUGCCGGAGCCAGAGGAUGGUUGGGGCCACCAGGACUCCGAGGUCCUCCCGGGCUCGACGGUCCCGAGGGAGAGAAGGGAGAUGCAGGGCCACGAGGCGUGGAUGGACCUGCUGGGGCUGCAGGAUUCCAGGGACAGGCUGGAGAUGAUGGAGUAAAGGGAGAUGAUGGCAAGGCUGGCCCGGUGGGCUCGCAGGGGGCUCAGGGACUGGCAGGUGCCCCCGGGCUCCGGGGCUACAGCGGGCACGAGGGAGCCAGAGGAGUGGUGGGCACCAAGGGCCAGCCAGGCCGGCAGGGGAUUCUCGGGCCACCGGGCGAAGCUGGAGCCACCGGGCUGAGUGGCACUGAGGGCCUGGUGGGUGCAAAAGGGGAGCCAGGCGAGCCGGGAAAACCAGGACAAAUGGGGUCUCCUGGACAAGCUGGUCCUAAAGGACGGAAAGGCUGCAAAGGAGAUAAGGGUGACACGGGGCAGGAAGGGGACAGAGGGGUCCCAGGAGAAGCUGGCAGACGGGGCAAGCGAGGCAAGCCGGGCCAGCAGCCCCCGCGGGGUCCCGGGGGACACAAGGGCUACCCAGGUGACAAAGGACUUCCAGGGCCCCAGGGACCCCAGGGACCCUACGGCAUCCCGGGGCUGAAGGGCAUCAAAGGAGAGCCUGGACCGAAAGGACACAAGGGCGAGAAGGGCAGCAGGGGUGACCUGGGCCAGCAAGGGGAUGAUGGCUUCAAGGGCAAGCCAGGACCCCACGGUGUCCCUGGGAGGCCAGGACCCAAGGGAAAGCAGGGUGACACUGGCCCCCCUGGCCCACAGGGACACCCUGGAAUUCCUGGAACACCGGGCUCGUCUGGACCCAAAGGGCUGAGAGGCUUCCCGGGCCUGCCAGGCCCCCGGGGCACACCAGGAUUGCCGGGUCUGGCUGGCCCCCCUGGUCCCAGUGGGCCUGCACUGAUGCUGUCCCAGGAGGAGCUGCAGCACCUUAUUUACUCCUCCAACCACCUGAAUUACACCGUGGUCUGGGCUCUGCUGGACUCCCUGAGCCGGGAGCUCCAAGCCCUCGUGGAGCAUCCCAAUGGCACCAAAAGCAACCCAGCCACCACCUGCAAGGAGCUGCUGCUGGCUCACCCCGGCCUGCCUGACGGGCAAUACUACAUCGACCCCAACCAGGGCAGCCCCCAGGACGCGCUGAGGGCCUUCUGCAACUUCACAGCUGGGGGGGAGACCUGCAUCGGCGUUCCUGGCACGAGAGGGCUGGCUGGCAUUCCUGGGAAGCCUGGCAUGGGCGGGGAAAGAGGCGCUCCUGGAGCUGCUGGUGCUGCUGGCCCGCCUGGCUACCCGGGCCGGGAAGGUCCAAAGGGACGUGAAGGGCCUGCAGGGAUGAGAGGAGAGAAGGGUGAGGUGGGACAUCCCGGGGCAGCCGGAGUCCGCGGGCUGGAUGGGGAGCAGGGACCACCAGGACCAGCAGGAGCAGAGGGUCAGCUGGGGCCCAAGGGUGAGCAGGGAGAGGCAGGAACCUGUGGAGCUCCAGGCAUCAGAGGGAGCCCUGGGGAGCCAGGGGACGAGGGGACAGAGGGGCCACCAGGACGGCCUGGGAAGCAAGGCAAGGAGGGUGACACUGGUGACACUGGAGACCCUGGUGAACCAGGACCAUGGGGACAGAAGGGCAAUGCUGGUCCCAGGGGCAUUCCUGGAAUUCCCGGUCCAGGAGCUGCCACAGGUGAAAUUGGAGGGAAAGGCCAGAAGGGAGAGAAGGGCCGAGAAGGUUUGCUGGGCCAGGGCGGUGUCACCGGAGCUGCAGGACCUGCCGGAGCCAGAGGAUGGUUGGGGCCACCAGGACUCCGAGGUCCUCCCGGGCUCGACGGUCCCGAGGGAGAGAAGGGAGAUGCAGGGCCACGAGGCGUGGAUGGACCUGCUGGGGCUGCAGGAUUCCAGGGACAGGCUGGAGAUGAUGGAGUAAAGGGAGAUGAUGGCAAGGCUGGCCCGGUGGGCUCGCAGGGGGCUCAGGGACUGGCAGGUGCCCCCGGGCUCCGGGGCUACAGCGGGCACGAGGGAGCCAGAGGAGUGGUGGGCACCAAGGGCCAGCCAGGCCGGCAGGGGAUUCUCGGGCCACCGGGCGAAGCUGGAGCCACCGGGCUGAGUGGCACUGAGGGCCUGGUGGGUGCAAAAGGGGAGCCAGGCGAGCCGGGAAAACCAGGACAAAUGGGAAGCCAGGAGGGGCAUCCCUGGCACAGCGCCCUCACAGUGGGGUUUCCUUCUCCUUUGGGAUUUUAG